AUGGAACUUGAUUUUGAUGAAAACGAUGAUGAUGAGGGACUUGAUGAAUCAGAAGGAACCGAGAACACCUCUUGUGCACAAGAAGAAAGAGUUAUGAGCCAAAAUGAGGGUCACAGAAGACAAGGAGUUAUAAGCAGUAAUGUCCCCGAUGAGAACUCGUCUGCAAAUGAAAUACCAACCUCGGGUGAAGCAAGAGAUUGCCAUGCAGAGCAGUCAGAGCCAAUGGACGUGUCAGCUGCGCCACUUAGUGCUAGUCCUCAACUUAAAACUCACCGAGGAAGAGAAAUUUCUGGCAGUGCACGAGAGCAGCAAGUCUGCUUAAAUCUUCUGAACAUGGCUAUGAUUGGAAGUCAUCAUACAUUCACAAGCUUUGGAAGGCAUCUCGUGACAUUGACAGAGGAGAAAAAUCUUUUCCCUAGUUUACUCUCCAUCAUAGAGCAAGGAACGGAAGUUCUGAGGGGGAAAGCUCCUCUCUUUGUUGCAUUUCUCUGCAAAAACAGUAGGCGUUGGCUGACAAAUUUCUUCUGCAAUGCAAGAUUUCUUCCUGUGGUGGACAGAUUAGCUAAAGAGAAAGACAGUUACCUGCAACAAUGUCUUGAGGCAUUUGUGAAUGUAAUCACCUCCAUAAUACCGGGGUUGCUGGAUACAAUAACCAAUGAUAUCCAACAGCUGAUGACUGGAAGACGCCAUGGACCUGUCUCUCCCCUUAACAGUCGAGCUUCUGUAAAGACUAAUGCACACCUGUUCCCUGUGGUUCUUCACCUUCUCGGAAGCUCUUUGUUUAAGAACAAGAUGGUAACUCCACAAGUCCUAAGGCAGUUGGCAAAUCUUACAAAACUUGUGGAAGCAUCGUUUCAGCUCAAAGUAGUGAGGAGAAUCGGAAAUCUGUUUGAAUUCGUGAAUGCCAAAGACAUGGAAGAUUUCCUAGAACCCACUUUAAGUCUCUGCAGAGCUUUUCUGCUACGGUCACUUGGGAACAAGAUAGGUCUCAGCUCCAACUACACGAAAGAGCCAAUGCUUUUAUCAGAGACAUCGUUUACAUUCGAGGUUGAUCCACAGGAAUGCAUAAGAGACAUUGCAGAUUUCGGUAGCAACAUUGGCCUAUUCUUACACUUUGCAGGUUUAGAUGACGACACAAGCAUCGCAGUCGCAGAUAUUGCCUCUGAAUGUGUUGUGUUGCUACUCAAAGCCGCUUCGAGAGAAGCCACGACAGGAUUUUUAACCAAUCUUCCUAAGAUCACACAGAUUCUGGACUCAUGGCGCAGGAGGAAGAGCACAGAGCUACACUUGUUGGUUCUGAAGAGAGUCUUGCAUUGUUUGGGUUAUGCUUGCAAGCAGUAUCUAUCGCAGGCGAUGAUUUUGUCGAUAUCGGGACACGAUAUCUCGAAGAUCAACGCCAUUGUCUCGGAGAUGAAGAACUCAGACGUCGCUGGUCUUAAUAGUGUCGCUUCACUCGUUGCCAUGGAGUUGCAGAGAUUACCUCGUUGUGUUUGAAGUCAUCUGAACAAAGGUAACAACAGUUAAAUGAUAAUUAAGUUAUUUUUAUCAUUGUUAAGUCUUUCUACAAUUUCUUUAUCUCUUGUUGUUAAACCAGGAUUAACGACAAUGACGCUGAGCUGUAGAUUUUGAAACCCAGAAUCAAGAUUUGUCUCUUUUAAUGUGUAUUUCUCUUCAUUACAACUUUUGUACCACUAGUUCAAUCUACUUCCUUAGUAUUAUCUUCUUUGAUUGGUAACAUGAGUUAUCAUUAAGUUGAAUUAUGGGCAUAACUAAUAAAUAGUUCAAAAAUGUUACCAAUCAUGAACUAAAUAAUUUUUUUUGAAGUUAAGUUUGAGUUACAAU